AUGGACGAACCUCCGCAACCUGAACUGGAGUGGUCAGCGCCCUUUGCAGUAUUACCCUCCUCGAAAUCCGCCUCCCGGGACUUGCGCGGCGACAAGAUUCUCCUCCCCCAGUCCGCACUCGAACAGCUGCUCGCUGCGUCUCCCCGACCGCCAGCGCCUUCUCACUCGUCCUUCACCUCCUACGACCCCUUCAACCCGUAUGCUCGUCACCAACAGACCCAAUAUCAACCCAGCGACACCUCCCAGCAGCUACCCAACCCCUUGAUGUUCCGUUUGGUCAACCAAAAGAACGGAAAUGCUGUCUACGCCGGCAUUCGCGAGUUCUCUGCCGAAGAAGGCGAGAUCGCAUUGGGCCCGUAUCUCAUGGAGGCCUUGGGCAUUCUCCCGACCGAGUUUGGCAGCCGGAGCGCCAAUGCCGAACCCAUCGACCUGGCCAGCGACAUGCUUCCAGAUUCGCUUCCCGAAACGCAGCCGAGGGUGACAGUGCACGCGAAGCAGUUGCCCAAGGGUAUUUACGUUCGUCUCAGACCGCUCGAAGCAGGUUAUGACCCCGACAACUGGAAGUCGCUGCUCGAGCGCCAGUUGCGUGAAAGUUAUACCACCCUUACAAAAGACACCGUUCUGGCAGUCCGUGGCGUCAAAGGCGAACACUUCAAGUUCCUAGUCGACAAAUUCCUGCCCGAAGGCGAUGGCAUCUGCGUUGUCGAUACCGAUUUGGAGGUUGAUAUCGAGGCUCUCAACGAAGAGCAAGCCCGCGAGACGUUGCGCCAGAUCAUGGCUAAGGCCCAACCUGGUACUGCGAAUGGAAGCUCGAGAGGGGGUGAACUUGACAUAUGGAAGCCGGUUGCGGGCCAGGUUCUACCUGGAGAAUACGUCGACUACGAACUGCCCUCCUGGGACCGGACUCGGCCACUGACUAUCACCCUCUCUGAGAUGUCUUCCCCGGACGCAGUAGACCUGCUUAUAAGUCCCAAAUCCACUCGGCAACGUGCCAAACCCCGGGACUCGGAGCACGUUUUCGGCAGCUUCACGCCCGCCGAAGACGGAACAAACUCUAUCACUAUUCAGCCUACGAAUGUCGAGCUCGAAAAUGCAGAGAUGCUGCUGAUAUCGGUUUAUGGCCACCCCUUGACGGCCAGUCUUGAUGGAACAGCACCACUUAGUUUCCGCCUCAGCGCCAAAGCUGCACUCGAGGGCGUGUCGCAAGGUAUGCCUGUUGAUUUGGCCAAUGGCGUGACAAGGUCCUCGGACGAGGAACAGUGCAAAAAUUGUCUGCAGUGGGUGCCCAAACGAACCAUGGUACUUCAUCAGAACUUUUGUUUGCGAAACAAUACCGUUUGCCCAAAAUGCAAACACGUCUUCAAGAAGGGAUCGCCAGAGUGGCACGCGCACUGGCACUGCGAAUAUGAUGACGCAUUUGGCGAUUCCCCGGCAAGCAAAGCCAAGCACGACAACAUACGGCACAGUGAAUGCCAAUGCCCGGCUUGUGAUUUCACGGCGCCGUCCUUAGUAGAACUGGCACUACACCGGACGAGCGUCUGUCCCGGGAAGUUGAUUCUUUGCCAGUUCUGUCAUCUUGAAGUGCCUCAGGAGGGCGAUCCAUUGAACCCAUCCGCAGAGACAAUCUUAUCCGGUCUCACGGCACAUGAACUGGCAGAUGGCGCCCGAACAACGGACUGUCAUUUGUGUUCGAAGAUCGUCCGCAUGCGAGACAUGACAGCACACAUGAAGCACCACGAGCUGGACAAGGUUUCCCGGCCCAAGCCCGACAUUUGUCGCAAUGCGAACUGUGGUCGAACGCUUCACGGUGUUGGAUCCGCUGGCGCCGUCGGUUCAGGGACAGCGAUGGGACAAGGUCCUGGCAACGAAUUAGGCCUCUGUUCGUUGUGCUUCGGCCCCCUCUACGUCAGCAUGCACGACCCAGAAGGCAAGGCUCUUCGACGCCGCAUUGAGAGGAGAUAUCUCGGUCAGUUGAUGUCAGGCUGUGGGAAGAAGUGGUGCGGGAACGAAUGGUGUCGCUCAGGCAGAGCUAAUCUUGGGCUCGAGGCCAAGGGAACCAGCGCUCAAGCUGCCCUACCGCUCGUUAAACCUCUGGUGCAAAGUAUUCCUCAACUUGAGGAACCCAUGCACUUUUGCGUCGAUGAGGCUUCACAGAAGCGGAGGAAGCUGGCACAGAUGCUGGCUGGUGAGGGGGUUUGGGAUUUCGAGUGGUGCAUUGCCGCGUGUGAAGCAGCCUCAGGAGAUUUGGACAAGGCACGGGAGUGGCUGUCGAACUGGGCGCCAACCCGGUAG